CGUAAACACACUUUUCAAAGAUGUCUGGCCUUGCAAAGACGAAAAAGAAGAAAAAUUUCCGAGUGAUGAGCCAAAAAGUGAAAGUCUUUCGCUCAAAUAAUCCUCUGCUUAGCGUGUUGAUGUGGGGAGUGAGCCAUUCGGUAAGCAUGAAUUUUGCAUUUUUGUGAAUGUAAAAUUUGGAUAGCAACACUGAGUGUGUGUGUAAAAUGCUUUUCUGCAGAUCAAUGAACUAUCGCAUGUUAAUAAUCCUGCUAUGUUGAUGCCUGAUGACUUCAAAGCAUUCACCAAAAUGCGCGUGGAUAACCAUCUCUUCAACAAGUGAGUGCAGUAUUAUGAAUAGUUUGCAAUGUUAUUUUCAUGUGAUGUCAUAUUUUUUCAUUACUAUUUGUCGCGAAGGCGUCGUAUAUCUGCUCUGUCGGUGAUUGCAGCUUGAAGCUGACGUUUCGCGUGGGGUUUUGACUUUUGUGGAGUUAAAUCCAGAUGAAAAUCGAAAGAAUCUGGUGAGCUUCAGAUUCAAUGUGGCUUUCGUUACAAUGUGCUCUCUCGACUUUUACAGGGGUCAGUUUCAUCCUCGUUGAUCAUUACUUAUGUAUUCGUUUGACAAAUAACUUUUAAAACACCAAGAAUCCAUCGCCAGAAAUACUAUUUGUCUGAUUUUGAGGAAACUCCGGCCGUACUUUAGAGUUUUAUAUUUGCAGCGCGCACACACAAGUUCUAGUCUGGUUUGGCUGUCAGUUGUAGGCUGUUCGCGUUGUGUGAAUUUCAUUUGCCGGGAUGUAUUCAAAUGUUUUUCACUAAUGUUCGUGCGACAAUAGCUUUAGGAAACUAAUCCCUUAAUAGCAUUUAAUAGGCAAGGUUUCUUUCAUCUGCAUCUUGCAUUUGCGGGGAUAAUCAACCUGCCAGCAUAUCAAGUAAUUUUAUUCUGUAUAUGUCAAAUUGCUGAAUAAUUUACUUGCGGUGAGGAUUUGGUUCCAGCACGAAAAUUUAUCAAUUUUUAAAUAACUAUAAGCUUAGUGCUAUUUUUAGAUGGUUCCUGUCAUACUUUCAACGUAAUUUUGUCUGAAUUUUAUGUAGUAAGGAAAAGUAAACUGUGGUUUUGAAGUUUUGUAGGAAAAUUGGUCAUUCAUUCAUACAUUUGAUUGAUGAUUUUUAAAGAUGUUUUCGCAGACAAUUAUCUAUCAUUAGCAUUACUGAGGCAAUUUUCCGGUUCAGUAAAAAGAAUACUGUCGCGUAAUAGAUGGCUGGGCUUUUUGCUUGUUUAGUAAGUAGAUCUUAUGUAUUAUAAAACCUUCAGGUGUGAAUUGGUCUAACUCUUAUAGCAUCUUAUUAAUAAGUAGUUUACUUUGUCGCUGUGGGAACAAGCUCUUGUCCAAGUAUUUUAAGUGUACUUUCAAUAUAUUAUUCAAAUUCAGCCAUUGUUGACAACAAAUGAUUGACAGGGUUCGUUUGAAAAGGGACCGUGGUGUUGCAUCAGUGGGGGAGGAAACACAAAAGAUUGUUUUUUUCUUCACUAUAGGGCCAUUAAGUCAAUUUACCACCAUAGAAAGGUCAUGAAGCUCACAUCUGAGCAAGCAUGUAGCCCUUUGUCAGUUUGAGUUGAGACAAAGAAUUGCUGAUUUGCUCUGCCAAAGAGCAAGUGCUCAAAACAUCAGCCUUUCAACAUUAAUUUUUAUGGUUUCUUUUCAAGUCCACAGCUGUAACUCACAAUUCAAUACUAACAAGACCAAAUUUUCAUUGUCUGCAACAUUAUUAAAUCAGACAUGGUUUUCUGCAGCAAAGUGAGAACAUAUAUGUAAUCAAUAAAAUAAAGAGGAAGACAAAAUGCGAACGCAAGAAUAGGGGACUGAACAUGAUUGAUUUUUCCUUAAUGAACAAAGCCUUAAAAUGCAUUUGGAUAAAGCGCUUUAGACUGAAUGAGAAUUCAGCAUGGACGGUUAUUCCUAAUAAAGCCACUUUAUACUUGGGAGGUUUUUCCUUCCUCUCUAAUUGCUACUGCAGCAGCAAAGAUAUCAGCAUUAAGAAGUUACCACUCUUUUACAUAAGAACACUGCAAUACUGGUUUGAGUUUAAGGAUAUGCAAGAUAAUACUAAGCCAGGUAUAAAAAACGCGAUCAUAUGGAACAACAAAGACAUUAAAAUCGAUAAUAAUACAAUCUUCUUUCAAUCAUAAUCUUGAUUUCAUUACUUACGAAGAAUUUAAAACCCGCUACCAAUUAAAAACAAAUUUUUUCACUUAUUACGUAAGCGUUAAUUCACCUGAAUAUUAUUAUAAUAAAUGGAAACAUUUAAUUGAGAAGAAGUUUGUUCGCUAGCUAUAUAUCUAAAUUCAACUAGUAAGGUUAUACUCAACGUUAGACUCGCAUUUUAUUGUACUUUUGUAGCAAGACUGUAAUACAAUGUACUGCAAUUUAUUGUAAAGUAUUGUAAUUUUUUUUGGUUUGUUUGUGUAAGUGUUGAUAGAGAUUGAAAUAAAAAAUUUUAAAAAAAUUAUAAAUUAGCUGAUAAAGCUUUUGGGAGAGAAGCGAAUUCUCUGAAGUUGAAACUUUGUACACCAUUUAUAUGCGUGUAGUGUGUUUCUUUUGAUAGCAAGAUUGUGCUUUCGAUUUGUUACAACAUGUAGAUGAUGUCGUAUUUUAGACACCUCAUGUGUAAGAGCCCAUGUAUACCUCUGAUUCAACGUAUGCAAUAUACAGUACAUGUAUCAAAAGGGUACAGAUAUAGUAACCACUCUUUUGUAAAUAGCACAUCUACAGUACAAGAGGUGUAAAUCAAGGGCAAUAAUAAAUUAUUGGCAAACUGACAAAGCAAGACAGCUCUCUCAGGGUUUUCACUAAGAAUUCUAGUAGCAGGAGAAAGGUGUAAGGUUACAGGAGAAUAUUUUGAAAUGGCUCCGUGUCUAAAAAAAAGAUAGUCAUAGGCUACUGAACAUUUGCAAGAGAAUUUUGCGUAGUUAGCAGAGUUUCUUUGAUCUCCUCUGCCUAAUGAACACCCUGCUCUCUAAUCAGCAAAUACAUGUACAAUUUAAAAGGAGCCUUUUCUCACUUUUCUUUUUUAAUUCAAGGCAUCAUAUACUGUAUGCUUAGCAGCAGAUUGAAAGCUGCUGAAGGUGGUAUAUGGCUCUUUGUAAAAGUAUUGUACAAGUAUUGCACAACUUUAUACAUUCAGCACUCAGCAUUUAUUUGAAGACUAGCACAUUCAUCAGUGCACCAAAACUUGAUUCUUAAAGACAAUGUAACUGGCAAUUGGCCUAUCAAAACAGCCAAGAUUGUAUUGUAUAUGAAGAUAUGAUUCGAGUGAGAAAAACAGGUGACACUUUAGCCAGUGUUCAAUUUAGAAAUUAUUCAAAAUGGGUCGUAUGUCCCACAUGACAUGUUGAAUUGGGUGAGUUUCCAAAAAUGGUCUGGGUCAAACCAUGAAAUUGAAACUUUGAACAACUGACAUCACCCAAACACAGCUGUAUCACUUGAGGCGGUUGGCUCUUGAAGUUCUGGAGCUUGACCUAUCGAACUGACUUCUCCAGCUUCGCCAUCCUUAUCUAACUUAUCUUCAUGCUUUUCAGUACGUAUAUGUAAGGUAACUUUUUUUGGUGUCCUUAUACUCGACAAUAAUUUCAUUUUGCAUAAGAAUAGAAUAUUCAGUGCCAAUGACUCAAAAAUGUGCCCUUUAUUGAACACUGCCUUUAGCUUUGCAGAUCAGGUGUACACUGCACAUAAUUAUGUACCUUCUUUUAAAACAUGGCAAAUAUAAGGACUCAAAUGUCAGAUUAUAAAAUAAUUUCUGUCAGAGGUUAACAAUGUUUUUACCCCAGACUUGUCCAGGUGCUGACAAAUUUAAUGCAUACAAUAAUUUAUUUUUAUUGUUGACAAUGAGUGCUAUAAGCUCUAAGUAAUGACUUGUUUGGAAAUAUAUAACGGCAGUUUUGGUUAAUGGGCCCCCAUUUUGAGAGUUAUUUACCCUUACAAAUUUGCCCUGCCAGAAAUGAUAUGUGACCGAGCUAAAAUGAAUUUGGCCAGUCAUCGUGUCUAGAGACUCUUCGGAAAUUAUGUCGAGCCCUGCAGUCCUAUUGGGGACUACUGUACACUCUCCCGGACAAAUAUGCACAACCUCCUUAUAAAAUUUUCCCAUCAUCUCCAUAGGGGUUCCCCUUCCAUGGGGCUAUGGAUCAUACCACACUAACCAACACAUAUUUCAGGCUACAUGUGCAUAAUAAGCUUUGUUGAUGUUUAUUCAACUGCUCCCUUGAGAAGAAACCAAAAUGUCACUGACGUACAAACACAUUUUGGGGACUUCCACAUCUUGUGUUUUUUUUUAAAUUGAUCAUUUGCAGCUUGGUAUAUACCCACCACUACCCACCGUUGUAUCAGCUUGGGAAUACAAGAAAAGAUACACUGUAGAAGGAUGGGGUGGUCAGAGGAACUCCUCAAAAAUCAGUUCCUUCACUUCACAAUAUUAUACAUGUAUUUAUUGUUCUUUUGUCUACAGAGAAAAUUUCCCAAGCCAUUUUAAAUUCAAGGAAUAUUGCCCUUUGGUAUUCAGGCAACUUAGAGAUCGCUUUGGUAUUGAUGACAGUGAAUAUGCGGUGAGUGGAGAUGCUGCUUGUGUAACAUGCAUGUUCAUUUAUCUGCUACACUACAGUACGUAAUACUCUUGGGUACUAACAAGUUGAAAUGAUUAGUCUCGCUUGCAUUAUAAGGAAGACUCAUAAUCUGCAACGCGUUUUUCGCCCAGGGGGAGUACUCCCUUAUAAAGGCUAUAUAGGUAUGUGCGGCGCAAAAGGGUAUGGUAUUUCAGCCAUGUUGGUUUGAAAAUAGGGUAUCAAUUGCGACCCUUUUGGUCUGAAAUAGGGUAUGGUUUGUGCACUCUAGUCUUGAAUUGGGUACAUAAUGUAUGUUUUUUAGAAGAAGCUACUUCUUCAUCAUUUGGCGAUAAGAUCAUUUUUAACUGUGUACGUGUCAUAACAGCUUGUCACGCCCUCUGGUCACAUGUCGGGCUCCAGGGCUUCAGGUGUGAAAUAGGGUAGCCUUUUUUUAUUGCAUGAUGUCCUGUGAACAGGUGGCAAGAGGUGUUCUUCCUAUAGAAAUCAUUAUUUUUCAGCAGCCAUUGUUACUUUUGAGAUAAUUAUACAUGUAGGGCUGAAAGUUAACAGUUUUUCGUAUUUUAUAUGCUCUUUCAGUUCCUGCUAAAAUUAUUUUUUCCAAAAAGUAUACAGAACGUUGAUCACAUGAGGAACUAUUACAAAAGGCCUAUUGAACUUUUUACAGGUCAUUACGCCACUCCAGUUUUAUUUCAAAAUUUUUGUUAUGUAAAAUAAGGGACAUUGGAAGGACUUUGCUUUCAAAGAAAUGAACUAAAAUGGGUUCCUAGUUUUCAUUUUCGUUCAAGUUUUAUUUGCGGUACAAGCUCUUUAUUUGCCAUAUAAACUCUCAUAUUACGCUUGGGUCACCGGUGGUCCAAUGGGCAACCAUAUUCUGCAAUUUGGUUGUCACUCUUAAAAUCUGCUUGUCUCAUACAUCCAUGUAGUGGACAAUUGCAAAUUUUAGACCCUGUAAUGAAUGCACAUCUUUCACAGGCCUUUUUCAGACUUAAUAUUUUUGAAUGUUACAUGUUUUAUUUGCAGGCAGCUUUCCAGUCUUCCCCAGUCAUGACUCCAUCUCCUGGUCGCAGUGGGGCAAGGUUUUUUAUUUCCAAAAACAAGAAGUUUUAUGUCAAAACCAUAGAAAGUGAAGAUAUCGAGAGACUGCACAAUAUACUUCCACAGUAUCACCAUGUAAGUUGUGUUACUUUAUUUUCCAUUUUGCAGACUUAAAGUCCGGUGAAAAGAUCUGCCGUAAGAGCCUUGAACUCUGAUCUCGUUGAAACUACAAUAAGAGUCUUAAACUCUCUCCUUAGCCUCUGAAUCUUGGUCUCACAGCAAUUUGGACCAGCAUCAGUCUUAAAGUUUUGUUUAUAUGGAUCUGAUCAUCUCAGCAACUCAAAGAUAAUGUCUCAUCGUUUUGUACCUCAGUAAAAGCUCACGCAUCAUCAUUUCAGUUCAGCUGAGUUUUGUCCCUGGAAAUUAUCAACACCAGAAAGGACUUUUAAAAUGUGUCCAAGUUUACCCUGGGGUCAAUUUAAUAAAACUUUUACAAGUGUAGUUCACAAGUAUAUAGCCCUUGUUUUACAGUCUGGAAACAAUAUAGUAGCUACAGUGAAAGGUUUGAACCCAGGAGUCAUUUCAAAAGUAGGUUGAGUUUGAUCGUCCGGGUGAACGUAGUCCUGAAUAGGACUGUUGUUGUUGACACUGACUGACAUUGCGACAACCUGUGCGGUAGUCAUCUUCAGAGUCAAAGAGAGUUGUAUCACGUCAGUUGAUGGUAUAAUACUCUGGUUAUUGAUCUGAUUGGUCAAUUACGUCGUGAUGUUAUUGGUCGUCUGUCAGCUACACUAAAUUUCUCUUGUAAACGUUUUAUUAGAUUGACCCCUGGCCUUGCCAGGGAGGGAUGAUUGUGAUAGAUUAAUUCUUUUUAGGUACCAAACUUUGCAUAUUCAUUUUUUUCCCAGUAUAUUGUUGAAAAACAUGCGAAGACGCUUCUACCUCAGUACUUGGGUGUGUAUCGGAUUACGGUAGACAACAAGGAAACUUACCUUCUAGUAAUGAAGAGUGUGUUUAGUACUAAGUUCAAGAUUCAUAAAAAGUAUGACUUAAAAGGCUCCACAGUGGACAGGCAAGCGAGCAGCAAAGAGAAGGUUUGAUAUUAAAUAUUGCACUAGUAGACUCACAAACUGCUGUGAGAUAUAUGUAUUGCGCCUUUCUCAUAAAUUCUUCAGGGGUCACACUCCACCACUGGUCAUUAUUUAUCCAUGGACAAAUUCCUUGCGAUAACCUCUAGUUUCUUGAUAAGUCCUUGUCCAGUUUCUGUGUCAGUAUUGCAUUGUCUUUUUGAAGUACCAAAUUACAUGUACAUGUAAAUGCUUUGGAGUUCCGAAGUUACAAGUGUACAGCACUGAAAAUACAUGUAUGUCUAUUUAUGUCUAAUUAUCUUGAAACAGAAACAAGAAAAAUUCAGCUUUUGCUCCCCCACCUCCCCCAUGCAAUUUUAUGCUACUGUUUAACUUACUUGUAAGAAACAACAAACACCCCAACUUUGAAUGGAGGGGAGGGGAAGGGGUGAGGAUUGUUCUUUUCUCCAAAGUGUCCCAUUUAGCAAUAUUGUCUCAAUUAUUAUAUAGUUGCUGAUUGUAGUAAUAAUGUUUCAAAAAGCCUAUCUUUGAGUAUUCUUACAGACAUUCUAACCAUUCUGUGGCUUAAAGAAAAAUGCAGUGCACCUUACAAUUUUAUUUGUCUUGAAUUUUGUGAACAGCUGUUUGCUCCCUCACCCCGUUCAAUAAACCAAGACAUGUACAUGUAUGUGUAGUUUUACUUUGGUUGUCAAUAUUCUUGAUUGCCUUAUAUAUCUUGCCCUGUUUGUGCAUUUACAUUAAAACAAUAAACCAAGAUUGGGUGGAAUUAACUAACAUUUAAUUUUUAAAAAUACAAUGUGUGUUUCAUUUUUGUGAGUUAUGCACUGAAUGCUUAAAAUUUUGUAACAUUUUUAGACGAAGGAAAAUCCUACUUUAAAGGACAAUGAUUUCACAAAAGACAAUGCAAAGAUUCAUAUUGGUGAUGAAGUCAAAAAGGAUGUGCUUCAAAGAAUUAAGGAUGAUGUUGAGGUAAGUUUUUAAAGCAUUAAUUUUGUUCAUGUAUGUAGAUAGACGUGGUUAUUUACCAUCCAAUGUGUCAAACCACAUUCAAUCUGGUACAUCUUGUAUCAAUUUUUUUUCUGAUUUUCAUUUAAUUCUUUUUUUAAAUACAUGUAGACUGUUUCCUUAUCAAUUUUAUUUGUUUUUUGAAAGAGGACUAGCAAGCAGCAAUAAUUUAUUGUCAGCUUACUCUGAUGUCACUUGAUUUAGUUGUGAAGAUAGCCGUCCUUUUGUACAGACAACAGUAUUACUUGACCCCUGAGCAUUCUCUUUUGUUUUUUCUUUUGGGAAGUAACAUCAUAGUAGAGUCCAUGCCCCAGUUCGUCAAAAAGUUGAUUAAUGCUUUCCACUGGAUGCAGUGUAUAUUAUCUCUAUCUAGUGGAUAAUGCACAGUGAUACCGCUAUCCAACAUUUGAAUAACCGGGAGUAAAAACAUCUCACAUAAACUGAUCUUUCUGAAGUUUUUAAGUGUCUUGGUAGGCUUUAAUGUAGCCAUUCCAUUUGGUAUACAGUGUACAUUAUUGAUCACUCCAGAAAUACCAUAACAUACCAUAAUGCUCUUUGUUUGUCACCCCAAAAUUUGGCAUAAGCAUUGUCUUCAGUUUCUCAUGGGAGUUAAAAUGGCCCCAAGAGAAACUGAAAACAAUGCUUAUGCAAAAUUUUGGGGUGACAAACAAAGAGCAUUAUGGUAUGUUAUGGUAUUUUCUGGAGUGGUCAAUUGUUCAAGUUUAUAUGUACAUAUAGGUGCACAGUCAUCUCUGACCUUUACUGCUGUAAUCAUUUGAUUCUACAGUUUUUGACAAGUUUAAACAUAAUGGACUAUAGCCUGCUAGUAGGUAUCCAUGAUAUGGACCUUGCAGAGUCUGGAGAUGAUGUUGUUGACAUCCUUGGCCUUGAAAGUAAUGACGACAGUGAUCCGGAGUCUCCCCGAGAGGCAGACUCCCCUCCGGAAUCUGACUCUCCUACCGAGGGUGAUAUGCUCACCGAAACUCCGCCCACCACACCUCCCGCUAAUGUUAAUGGUGCACGAGAGAGGAAUAUUAGUUUUGGCAGCGUUGAACUUGAUGAAGAGGAUGGAGAUGAUACAGAAGGAUUUAUUAGUGUGGAUGGUGAGUUAUUUAUUUAUUUCAAUUUUUUCACAACUUUGCGGAGCUAUAUCGCGGUUAGUUUUCAACGAAAGAUUUUCGCUUACUGGCCCCAGUCAAUAGUUGAUUAAACCGUGGAAUGGUCUGUUACCAGGGAGCUUAAGCAAUGAUGACGGCAACAUCAACGAGAAUGUCAAAAAAGCAAUAGGUUUAGAUAGGCAAAACAAUGACCUUACAUGUAUAUCAUGCUUUCUUGUACAUUUCUUUGCCAUCACUGCACAACUAUGAUGUGAAAAUGCCUAAUUUCACAUUUUGUAGAGGAUGUGACCACUAGACAAUCACUUCGUUUUCUCUUCUUAAACUUCAAUACAGUUUUUUUUUCUCCAGAAAAAAUUUCCAACAUAUUUUGAAGAAUUAAGGUGGCUGAACACAGUUUUGGCAGUUUGUGAGUAUAUGUCAUUUACCAAAUCAUGGCAAGAGAAAGGUUGCAGCUCACAAGCUGAAACCUGGCAAGUGAAAAAUAUACUGAUGAAAGAUUUUGACUGACAAGUAAAAUAUGACGUUUUCGUAGUUUCCAUAGCAACAUGAACGAUUGAAUACAACCCUAAAGGUACACUUUUUUUCAGUUUAAGUAAAAUUACUCAUUAGAUUUUCCUAUAAACUUGCACACAGCUUACUAUAUAAUUAAUCAUUACCAUUUGAAACUUACAAGACCAAAUUUUAACAGACAGGUUUUUAGAUAAUCAAUAAUAUGAUUGUACUGUAAUUAUUAAAUGUGUCACAGAAUUCGUCUUUUUAACUUCCAUUUUAAAGUUCUUACUAUUGAAAGUACGAUAAAAGUAAAAAUUCCGCUGAAUAUCGCAAAGUUUUAAAGAGUAGAUUUUGAGAAAUUAUUGUCUUCUGUGUACGAUUGCUUUUUUCGCUGCCAUGUUUGUUUGUCUAAUUUAAAACACGUGCCGUCACUUAAGUUACCGCUGACCACCCGCAUAACUGUGUUCAGCCACCUUAAACAAGAUGGAAUAAGCGCAGUAAAGUUUGAAGCAGCGCAAAUUCACUUUUCAAAUGAUGUUUUCAUAGCCAUUGCCGUCAUUGUGCCCUAAGUUCCCUAUGAGGCUUGUGUAUUGCCGUUGUGUUUCACUCCCUAACGAAAAUAUAGUAAUUUACUCACCACGCUGCUAUGCCUAAUCACGCCUCAAGCAACUAAUUUUUGCCCAUUAACGCAUCAUGCUGAUAAUUUGGAACCCGUUCACAUGUCGUGGAAAACCCCUUCGCCACCCUGGUUAAUGGGAUAAAGUCUAUUUAUCAAGCUGGAAUAGUGUUGACUGAACUCAUUAUUUUCCAGAAAACAGACGAGAGUUAUAUUAUCUUGGAAUAAUAGAUGUGCUGACGUUUUAUGGUGCAGGAAAAAAGGCAGCUCAUGCUGCAAAAACAGUCAAACACGGGGUGAGUGAUCGUUGUUACAAGUUGAAAAAGCUUACUGAUUAACUUCGUGUACUGAUAUUUCAGUGUUAACUUACACAUUAAAAACUUUAGAUACUUGUCUAUCUCUGACCUAGCCUGUGUCGCAGAUGGAAUUUAACCUUGGUUAGUAAUGUCUGCGAAGCAGUGCCGUUAUCUUUGUUCUGGGCCCUCAACAGACUCAACAAAUUACCAGAAGUGCAUUUUGAAUUUUCUUUUAUCUUGAUUGGCAAACCAGGCCAAUUAUGGCCCAUACUCAAAUCCUGGUACAAGCCUGGAACAAGGAUAUCAGCACUUUUUCCCAGACGGACCUAACGAGAGGUAGUAUUGUCUGUGACGCAGGUUAUCUCUGACAGUGAAAAGUGGGUUGAGGUUAGCUGGUUGUUGUUUCCAGCUUCCACGUGAAGGUGGAACAUGUGUUGUGGUGCUGCCACAAUGGAUUUUUGGUGCUGUUGUGUUACUGCAUUUUAAGUGAAAACGUAUCCAAAAACACUUUAAAAUUUUUGUUGAUGAGGCAAAAUCAUGUAUCAGAAGAAUAAGAGGACAUUGGUAUAUUAGGUUGGAACUUACUGCAAGAGCAUUUGGCAUUAUAGUAUUUAUUUGAACAACGUGCCAGGUUUAUUAUUGCAGUGCUUACUCUAAAAAUUGCUGCCUUUUAUGUUUGCUCAUAUUUGUUAUGACAAUGUAGUUCUCUAAUAAAAAAUACUUCAAGUAACUAUUAGUUAAGGCAAAAUAUACCAUUGCAGAAAGAAAUUGAGAGGGAUAAAAUGAUGACCUAAAAUUCUAAAUUAUUGUUUUAAAGACUUAAACUUCUUUUAUUUAAUCAAGUUAAAUAACUAGGUUGUAUAACACUCUUCUUUUAGCAAGUAAACAGAUUCUAAACCUUAAGAUAAUAUUGACGCAAAAUGCAGGCUAUUUUUUUCAAAUGGCCCUGUGAAUGAUUUUCUUAUUUGCUGGGUUCAAGCCAGUGUCAUGAUCAAUGACAUUCCAUGCCUUAGAUUGCCGCAGUUCAGUGGCGGGUUGUGAACGUCAGGCAAACAGCGGCAAAUCAAGAGCAUCGUGAAAACUUGGCCAGGCUAACAUCUCCUUGGGUAACUUGAUGUCUUUCCAAAUUUUACUAACUUUAAUAACUUCUUUGCACCUUUAUUGACAGUACACUCAAUUCUUCACUCUUUCCUUUGCUUAACAAUUCUUUUCAUGGUAGACUCAGUAACACAUUUAUCUUUUACUGUUCCACCUGUCUAUGAACAAAAACUAUUCAAUAAAACUAUUCAAAUACAGAAUUAAAAUUCUGAGUUCAGCACUUAAUGGCAUAACUACACUAAAUUUCAUUUUAAUCCAGUGAUCAUCAGAUUUAAUAAAUAAAAUGAUGAUGUAGUGUUAGCUUUCCAAUAUUCCAUCUGUAUAAUAUCUUUAAUUUGUACAGGCACAAAGAUAAAUAAUUUCUUAAUGUUACUGACAUUGUGUAUUAGUGGUCCAGUUCUUGUCAACUCUUUUUGUCUCUUCUGGUUCAAUUUUCAUACUUGGUUAAUUUAUUUCCCAUUAGUUCUUGAAAACCCCCAUUAUCAUGUACUCAUACAAUGUACAUGACCGUACCCAAGAACGAUAGGAAGAUAAAUAGCUAUAAUUUAUUUAGUCACACCAGGUCAAGCAUACUCCCCCCAUCCCUAGAUUUUGAAAAAAUGAAUCUAUUAGUCAUUGCCUGAACUCUACAACUUCCCAGUAUUCAGUCAGAUUGAAUUUUACAAUAACUGAGCAAAUCCUUGAGCGCUGAUUGGUCGAGAGCUAUGGUCUAUGAGAGUAUAGACAUGGAAAUGAAGUAACCGGUCAAGCAGUGCCGGUUGUUUUGUUUUUGGUUUUUGUAAGAAACAAAUCGACCACAAUUAUUUUCCAUGGUCUACACUCUUGUAAACCAUAGAAAUGAUGCCAUAAAAUGUUCAAAACUUUGCAGUGAAACCACUCGCCUGUGGCUCGUGGUUCCACUUGAGUUUUGAACAUUUUAUGACGUCAUUUCUAUGGUCUAUAAGAGUGUAGACCAUGGGAAAUUUUGUGGUCGAUUUGUUAAAUAUCACAAUUCUUUGAAUGGAUAAUAUUGCUUUAAGUCAUCUGGUGUGAAAAAAACCCGGGCUUUUUGAAAAAAAUUAUUAAAGAAAGACAAGAUACUGACUCUACCAAGUUGUUUCUGGACAGAAUUAGUAACAAUCAGUAGACAGUUGGCUCAGUCAGCAUUAGUAUGCCAGCAUCUGUAUGCAACUGUGUGUAAUUAUUAUAAUAUGCAUAGUGUAUAGUAGUGUAGUACAGGGUAGUGUGUAUUGUCACUGCCAUACAGUCAAUCUACGUACUAAUUUUAAAUAUUGUGACAAUACUGUACUUCAUUGUUUUCUCUUCUUAUUUUGUAGGCAGGAGCUGAAAUCUCUACAGUAAAACCAGAGAAUUAUGCAAAGAGAUUUUUGGAGUUAAUGGAGAGAAUAUUUGAAUAGUAAAUAUUUUACCUUGAAUUUAGAGAAAAUGCUCAUAGUAUGUGUACAUAAGGUUGACGUCUUCAGUAAUUACACUCACUUUUUCAGGUUUCUGAAAUUCUGUAACACAAAAAAAUUAUGCUAACUGAAUUGUCAUGUUUUAAUUUUGGACUCACACAAUGAGAAAUUUAUUACCGUUAUUUAAAUUUGUGAUGGGUACAUUCUCGGGGGCCACAUCGCCAGUCUUGUUUUGCCCAUGGAACACUCUAAUACAUAAAUUUUCCUGUUUCUGUUGAUAAAAAUAGUUGGUUCAUCCAAUGACUGUUUGUUUAUUGGCAAAAAUAGCUGCACAUGGGCCAGAUGCAGUCCAGUUCAAAUUUCUUCUAAUAAAAUAUUAAACAAAUUUAUAUUUACUAUUUUUCAUUGAUUAGAAAUAGGGAGGGGAUAGUGUAAUAGUGGUUGGAAUCACUAACCUAAAUACUAAGGUUUUAGUGUGUGCAUUGUACCAGACUAGUGGAUAGCUAUCAUCAAACAGUGCAAUAUUUUAGGCAAAGAAAGAGUUAUGAGUGACAUCUAUGACUAUUACAAUGCUGGGAUGUGAGUAAAAACUAUAUCUAGUUUCAGUAGCCAAGCAGAAAAUGGCUGUCCAUUAGUUUGGUACAUGUAUUAUGCUGAAUUCAAUUUAUUUGUAAAACAGAAUCUUUUCAAAUUUUUAGAUAAAGUAGAUUGAUACUGUUAUUGUUAAAGGAGCUGUUAGAAAUCGUUUUUAAAGCUUUCUACUAGUUCAUUGAAAGCAUUCAAAAGAAUAUGUAGUUUGUUUGUAGAAUUGUGUCUUGGAGUUGAAUGUGCAAUGUCUGUAAUUCUUAGCGUGCUUUAUACAGUGUAACUUGUUUAAACUUAGCUAGAUGUCUUUAGGCACAUGCGCAAAACGAAGGAAAAUUCUGUGGAAAUGAAAAGUUUGUACUGUAAAAAAGGAAAUAAUGCAGCGUUGUAAGCUCCAAAAAAUGCGUUGUCAGUCCAAAUCUAAAGCAAUUCCAAGUUUAAAGAAAAAAUUCCGAGGCGUCAAGAGCCUUUCAGUUAUUAUAUUUAUCAUAAUAUAAAAGUAAAAGGAGAGUCAGCAUUGAGGGAAAAGAGCAUUUUUAGGUGAGCCAAAUUUGACAACAAUAAAUUGAAUUGCUGACUACUUUUAGUUGAAGUUUUUAAGUUACUUAAAGGUGUUCAAGUUAGUUAUAAUUUGGAUUCCUUUGGGAUAUUGCAAAAAAUCAUGUAUAAAUGUUUUUAUUCUGUAAAUUUAAAUGGCCUUCAACUCGCAGUGGUUUGAGCAAGUAUAACUUCAAAUGUUUUUGCCUGUUUGAGUAUGCUUGUUUAACCAUUUCCCUUUAUGUCCCUUGAGAAAAAGGUGCUCUGCUUAAUACUAUGAUUAAAAAUGUAAAAACAACUUUCCUUAUAAGGGCCAUGUCAUCAUUUACAUGCCUGUUUUUGUUAUUUUUUUAAUCAAAAGAUAGAUGCGAAAUGUGCUUUUUGGCUGGAAAUUGUUAUAAUGUGAAUGUAAAUAUCAACAUCAUGCUCUACUGGUUGCAGGUUGAUCAUUUCUGUCAAUCGAACAGGCAAUACUGUGCUCUUUUGGUCGCAGUUAACAAAUUAUUUCAAAGCUACAAUUGGUUUAGAAAUGGGAAAGACAAACAUACACACAGUUGCACAGAAUUGUCAGGAAUUAUUUCUACAUGUCAUUUAACUGUUUGGCAUUAUCUCUGUGCAUGUUUCAACCUAGUUUUAAAUUAAAUCCUUCUCAAUUGAAAGGAAAAGUCCCUCACACAUUUGAACGUCCAUCCUGUUCGACUGACUGAAAUGUGGCUGCUGUUGAUCUAGGUUAGCUGGUCUGUCAAGUAUAACUCACCUAUUAAUAAAGUUAAAACAUUAAUGAAGCCAACAAAAUUGUCUGUACUAAUGAGAUCGACUUUUGGUGACAUGGUGUUAAAUCUUUGAUGGAAAACUGAACUGUCUAAUAUUAUUAAUACUUGAGGUGUUCUUUUAUAAAUUUUGCAUAACUUCUUUACCCAUUUUUCCUUAAGUUAAUUUAUUGUUUGCACGAGAUCUUGGACU